AUGACGACCGAGCGAAAUCCCAAAGACUCCAUGAAGUCAACCUGGCGACUACAGGAUCGCUCAGGCUGGACAUUUCACCACUGGUUCUAUGAGGUGCUUGGCAUUCAUCCAGAGCACCUCGAUGCCGAUGUUCCUGUCCAUGUGAAGGAAGAUGCAGUGCCAUACGUUCCCGACUGGUCGAUGCAUCGCUGGGUGCUCACCCACGCCGUGAUCCCGAUCCUUUUACAGCACGCCUUUGUGCAAUAUACGGGCCACAAUCUCGGCCCGAUCGGUGCAUUCAUACUUUACAGCAUCGCCUUCAAGGCCAUCGCCAUCCACGAACUCCACGUGCUCCGACGCCUGGGGCACACCCAUGGCUUCCUAGAUGGCGACAAGCAUGCUCGAGACGGAGUACCCGACGUUGGCGUCGCCAAAGUGGUUCGGUCGCUCAUGUCGACGUCGACUUUCCGGCCUAUGUUUACCGUCUUCUUCGCCUAUCGGACGGCAGAGGCACCCUCAUCCAUGAGCUUUGCCUGGCUACCGCUCGAGAUCGGUCUAUAUGGCAUCAUUCUCGACUUUUGGUUCUACUGGUAUCAUCGCGUCAUGCAUGACUUCGACGGUCUAUGGAAAUACCACCGAACUCACCACUUGACCAAGCACCCGAACCCACUGCUCACUCUUUACGCCGAUACCGAGCAAGAAUUCUUUGACAUUGCCGGUAUUCCCCUGAUGACUUACUUUACUAUUAGACUCAUGGGCAUGCCAAUUGGCUUCUAUGAGUGGUGGAUCUGCCACCAGUAUGUCGUUUUCGCCGAGCUUGCCGGUCACUCAGGUCUUCGUGUCCAUGCCUCUCCGCCCUCAACCUUGAGCUGGCUUCUGCGAUGGUUUGAUGCCGAGCUCGUCAUUGAGGAUCAUGAUUUGCAUCAUCGUAAGGGAUGGAAGAAGAGCCACAACUACGGCAAGCAGACUCGAUUAUGGGACCGUGUCUUCGGCACCUGUUGUGAUCGGAUCGAGUCGGUGCCGACUAAUGUUGACUAUGUCAAUCAGUCUCCUAUGCCGUUGUAUUGA